UUUUAACCGACCCACGACUCUAAGUGUGCACUUGGCAGCUAUUGCUUGUUAUCAAGCAGUUUGACUACCGAUUGCAUUGAUUCAAUAGGAACUGGAGCAACAUUUGACAACUGCUAGAUAAAAGCGAGCACUUUGCUCUGUAAAGCAAACAACUUUACGAUUCUCGUCGGUGGUCGGUUGGUUGGCUGAUCAAGUGUCGAAUUACAUUUGGUGACACCGGCAACGAGCGCCGAUCGUUGGCGACAUCUUGUUUGAUCGAGUGAAAAUGUAGCAGAAAUAAGAUAUAACUGGUUCAAUCGUAUUGGCGGAAUUCGACCAGACCCAGGCUUAAAACCGUAAGGAUAUUAAUAACUUUGAUUUGUCUGCGCAUUGCUCAGCGCGAAACGGUGUCAAUGGUCUGGUUGUUCUUGCAGCUACAAGACUACCACGCAUUCGGCUAGAAGCUGAUCUACGCAGUUACUCAUUAGUCGAAGCGCUGGCUGGAAGAACUCGAUUUUUUAAGGGUGACUUUUUUGUGCAAACUUUUCCCCACCGUGACCAUUCUUGAUGAACCCAGCGUGUGGAAACUGGUCACACCUUUGGUGGUUGGCGAUGUUUUGCAGAAGCGGAAAAGCUUGCACUGCUUACCUUUGGUUUUUAGUAUAUAAACUAAGUUGCAUUUGAAGAAAAAUCAUAGUACGCUGAGUGCCUUCAAAGUAGAACGACAAGUGAUAGACAUACGAUUACAAUUUUAAAAGUUUCGGCAGUGAACGUUGAAGAUGGCUUUCAAAUUUAUUCUAGUUGUAUCCUUAGUAGCAGCUGUGCAUGCUUUGCCACAGCAUGGAUAUGCAUCAUCUCAUCAAAGCAUUCAGUUUCAUACAGCGCACGCAGCUCCGGUGCAUCACGUUGCUGCUAUACAUGCUGCACCUAUCCAACACGCCAUCGUGAAGCAAGUUGAACAUCAUGCUCCUGCAAACUACGAAUUCUCUUACUCUGUUCACGAUGGCCACACCGGUGAUAUCAAGAGCCAGCACGAGACUCGACACGGAGAUGAAGUUCGUGGUCAAUACACCCUCCUGGAUGCCGAUGGUCAUCACCGGAUUGUCGAUUACCAUGCUGAUCACCAUAAUGGAUUCAACGCUGUAGUCCGGCGGGAGCCAACUAACGUGAAAAUUGCCCAGCCUGUGCAUAAGGUCAUUGCUCAGCCAAUUCAUGUUGCUGCUGUUGCUCAUCAUCAUGCUGCUCCUGUUUCGCAUGCCAGUAUCUCCCAUCACGUGGCUCCAAUUGCUCACGUUGCGCAUAUCGCUCCAGUGGCGCAUGCCAGUAUUGCGCAUUAUGCUCCAGCUGCCGCCUACCAGAGUCAUGGUGGUCAUCAUGCUACCAGUCAUAUUACUCAUCACCAUUUCUAAUAAGUUGUGUUAGAUUGUUUUCACGGGACCUGAUUGAAGAACGUGCAAGAAGUGAGAAGUAUAGUCUAUUUUAAAACAGUA